UCCACACCCCGCCCGUCAUGUCGCAAGCACACCGCCCAACAUGGAACCCGACGAUGGGCAAGGAGACAAAGGCGGGCUCACAGCAGAUCUCCAAGCUGUCUCUGGCGUCGCACACCAAGCUCAAGUUUAGGCAACCGGGCCAGGUGACAGCCAACGACGUUGCGCGGCGUGAUCUGCGCGCCGAGCUCGCGGCCGCGGAGCGCGCAGCACAGGACAAAAAGCGCAAGGCCGCUGGUCUUCCCCCACUGCCACCGCUCGCGGGCGCUGCGGCCAUCGAGAACGGUAACGGUGCCGACGAGGACGAGGAGCGCGCCAAGCGGAGACGGAUCCUCGAGGAGGCUGCCGAGCUCGACGCGGACGACAGCGACGAUGACGACGAAGAGGAGGACAAAGCGAAGGAGAAGGGCAAGGGCAAGGCCGUGGACAACGAUGACGAUGAUGAGGACGACGAGGACGAUGACGACGAUGACAGCGACGAUGACAGCGACGACGAGGACGACACGGCGGCGCUCAUGGCCGAGCUGGCGCGUAUCAAGCAGGAGCGCGCAGAGGAGAAGGCGCGGUUGGACGCCGAGGCCAACGCCUCCGCCGCGGCCGACCGCGACGAGGAGAUCGCGACCGGCAACCCGCUGCUCAACCUCCAAGCGGCGCUAGGCCAGCGCCCAAGCGACACGCCGAGCAGCUCGGGGGGCAGCUUUACCGUCAAGCGCCGCUGGGACGACGACCUCAUCUUCAAGAACCAGGCGGCGGGGAUCGACGACAAGCCCAAGAAGGGCGAGUUUGUCAACGACCUCCUGCGGUCCGAGUUCCACAAGAAGUUUAUGAACAAGGAUGCCGACCUCCAGACUGCCUGGAACUUCCUCCAGACUGGUGUCGAGCACAUCAUGACCCGCAUGUCCACCGGCAUGACGUACCAGUACUACAUGCUCCUCUACACCACCAUCUACGACUACUGCACCGUCCCGAGCCGCGGCAGCAGCCUCAGCUCGCAGCCCCGGGGCGGAGCGAGCCUCCAGGGCGCCGACCUGUACAAGAAGCUCAACUCGUUCCUUGCCGACCACUGCAAGGCGAUGCGUGAGGACGGCGAGAAGCUCUCAGACAUUGAGCUCCUCAAGUUCUAUGCCCGCCAGUGGGACCGCUACACCAACGGCGCGUCAUACGUCCACAAGCUGUUCAACUACCUGAACAAGCACUGGGUCAAGCGCGAGAAGGACGAGGGAAGAAAGGACGUGUACUCGAUCUACACUCUUGCCCUUGUUGCCUGGAAGAGAAACUUCUUCAAGUACAUCCAGAACAAGGACAACGAGCCCUCGCGCCUCACCCAGGCCGUGCUCAAGCAGAUCGAGCUCCAGCGUAACGGCGAGGCGAUUGACAACAGCCUGCUGAAGAAGGUCAUUGAGAGCUAUGUCGCUCUCGGUAUCGAUGACGCCGAUGCCCAGAGACAGAACCUCGAGGUGUACCACGACGUCUUCCAGGUCUACUUCCUCCAGGCUACCGACCGCUACUACACGGCCGAGUCGGCCGCGUUCGUCGCCAACAACUCGGUCCCCGACUACAUGAAGAAGGCAGAGGAGCGUCUCUCGGAGGAAGCCGACAGGAUAAACCUGUACCUUCACGACAGCACGCGCAAGGAGCUUAAGGAGGUCUGCGAGCGCGUCCUCAUCCAGGACCACCAGGAGCUCAUGUGGGACGAGUUCCAAAACUUACUCGACUCGGACCGCGAGUCCGACCUCGCCCGCAUGUACGGUCUUCUCGUCCGUGUCGAGAACGCUCUCAAGCCCCUCCGUGAGAAGUUUGAGGCCCACGUCAAGAAGGCGGGUCUUGCUGCUGUCGAGCGUGUCAUCCCCGCUCCCGGAGCCCUCAACGAGCAGGGCAAGCAGGAGGUCCUUGACCCGAAGGCGUACAUUGAGGCCCUCCUCUCGGUUCACACCAAGUUUGGCGACAUUGUCAACGGUCCCUUCCGCUCCGAGCUCGGCUUCAACGGCAGUCUUGACCGAGCCUGCCGCGAGUUUGUCAACAAGAAUGCUGCUGCCACCACGUCGUCCAAGUCGCCCGAGCUCCUCGCCAACUACUGCGACAUGCUGCUUCGCAAGAGCAACCGUGACCUAGACCCCGACUCGCUCGAGGCGGCGCUCAACCAGGCCAUGGUCAUCUUCAAGUUCAUCGACGACAAGGACGUUUUCCAGAAGUUCUACCAGAAGAAGCUUGCUCAGCGUCUUGUCAACGCAAACUCGGCAUCCGACGACAGUGAAUCGUCCAUGAUCUCCAAGCUCAAGGACAUUUCCGGUUUCGACUACACCAACAAGCUCACUCGCAUGUUCAGCGACGUCAGUGUUGGUCGCGACGUUACCGAGCGGUUCAAGGAGAAGGAGCGUCGUGACGGCCACUCGGAUGACAUUGACUUCUCGAUCAUGGUCCUUGGUACCAACUUCUGGCCCCUCGCGCCUUCCAACAGCGACUACGCCGUUCCUCGCCAGUUGGAGCCUGUCUACGAACGCUUUACCAAGUUCUACAACGAUGUGCACUCUGGCCGCAAGCUCACCUGGCUGUGGCACGUCUCGAAGAAUGAGCUUCGCACGACCUACCUGUCGCAGAAGUACAUCUUCAUGACCAGCGCAUACCAGACCGCCAUUCUCACCCUGUUCAACGAGAACGACAGCUUGACAUUCAAGGAGAUCCAGACCGGCACCCAGAUCUCAGAGGGCAUCCUCAAGCCCCAGAUGACUCUGCUCGUCAAGGCCAAGGUUCUCACCCAGGACGGUGACGCGUACGACCUCAACAUGGGCUUCAAGUCCAAGAAGAUUCGUGUUCAGCUCAACCAGCCCGUCCGCGCCGAGCAGAAGGCCGAGACGACCGAGGUCCUCGCUGCCGUCGACGAGGACCGCAAGUUCAUCUACCAGGCGACCAUUGUCCGUCUCAUGAAGGCCCGCAAGACCAUGAAGCAUCAGGCCCUUAUUCAGGACGUGACGGCCCAGAUUUCGACCAAGUUCACGCCCAAGGUAUCAGACAUCAAGAAGGCGAUCGACUACCUCAUCGACAAGGAGUACCUGGAGCGUGGAGACGCAAAGGACACGUACAACUACCUGGCCUAGAGAAGACUUUACAGCAUUUCGUCGGCGCCCGGCCAGUCACCCAGUCCCUUCCUCUCACGUCUCCGCCUCCCUGUUUCCUUUGCAUGAUCUUGCAUGGCCCCCAGCUCCUGUGUACAAGUGUUGAUACCUAGGUCGAGAGAGUUAUGAAGCAGAAUAGUGUACCCAAUGCUGCAUAUCUACAACCACCUAACUACUGCUGUUCUCCCCUCCGCCAGACGACUGUCC